UACCGUGAUUCCAUGGCGUCGCAAAAUACUUACAGAACCGCACCUUCUGCCGCCAACUCCUCUGUCUAUGCCUUGAAUCCUGACACUUCCACUCCUGCUGGAGCAGAAUAUGAUAGCGCAUAUCAUGAUGAUCCCCAUGACACUGAGUACAACGCUGGCUCGGGCCAGGAUGCGGUUUCCGACUCUCCUCGUUACCUUGCUGAAAAGCGGUCAGCAUACACGGUUCCACGCAUAAAGUCUAAGCGCGGACUUAUCAUAGCUGGCUCAAUUCUUGCAGCCGUGAUAGUACUGGUUGCUAUCAUUGUCCCCGUAUAUUUCGCCGUGGUCAAGCCCAAAUCGUCGAACAACGCUGCCAAUCCUAGCAACCCCACCUCGACCUCGACCUCAACUGGCCAACCUGCUUCUGCUGCUGUCGUCACUGGUGGCGAUGGUAGCAAGAUCACGACAGAGGAUGGUACUACCUUCACGUACUCGAACCCUUUUGGUGGCACCUGGUAUUGGGAUCCUCAAGACCCAUUCAACAAUAAUGCUCAGGCUCAGACAUGGACGUCUCCCCUCAACCAGACCUUCAAGUUUGGUACUGAGAAAAUUUUUGGUGUCAAUUUGGGUGGUUGGCUUACUACCGAACCCGUGAGUUGCGCGCCCGCUCUUUACGAAAAGUAUCUCAGUGCCAGCCCUGAACCAGUCGAUGAGUGGACACUGAGCGAAGCCAUGGCCGCUGACACGUCCUCAGGUGGCGGCUUGCAGCAGCUGGAAACGCAUUACCAAACAUUCAUUACGGAGCAAGAUUUUGCCGAAAUUGCUGGAGCAGGACUGAACUUUGUUCGCAUUCCCCUUCCGUACUGGGCGAUUGAAACCCGCGUGGGUGAACCGUUCCUCGCAAAGACCUCCUGGAAAUAUUUCCUGAAGGCCAUCCAGUGGGCCCGUAAGUAUGGUCUUCGCAUUAACCUUGACUUCCAUGCUCUUCCUGGAAGUCAAAAUGGGUGGAAUCACUCCGGCAAGCUCGGCACAAUCAACGUUCUUUAUGGCCCGAUGGGCCUUGCAAAUGCUCAGCGGUCAUUAGACUAUAUUCGCAUCAUCGCCGAGUUCAUCUCUCAGCCUGAGUACAGGGAUGUUGUUGUCAUGUUCGGCAUUACAAAUGAGCCUCAGGGGAGUGUGAUGGGCCAGGAUGCUCUCUCUCGGUACUAUAUGCAGGCAUACGAUUACGUCCGCGCGGCUUCAGGCACUGGUGAAGGCAAUGGUCCCUUCAUUUCUUAUCACGACGGAUUCUUCGGUCUUCCUCAAUGGGCUGGUUGGCUUCCGAACGCUGACCGCACCUCUCUUGAUCAGCACCCCUACAUUUGCUUCAACGGCCAGUCUGACGCCCCUAUGUCCUCGUACGCUCAGACUCCUUGUAGUGACUGGUCUGCUGGAGUGAACACAUCCAUGGGCGCGUUCGGGUUGACAGUCGCCGGAGAAUUCAGCAAUGCUGUCACGGACUGCGGUCUGUGGGUUAACGGUGUGGGACUUGGAACACGUUACGAGGGUACAUACACUCCAGGAACCUGGCCCGUCGUUGGCAAUUGCUCGUCAUGGACAGACUGGCAGAACUGGGACUCGACCAUGAAAACGGGUAUCCAGCAAUUUGCCUUGGCCAGUAUGGACGCGUUGCAGAACUGGUUCUUCUGGACAUGGAAAAUCGGAAACUCCUCUGUUACGGGUGUCGUCGAAUCACCCCAAUGGUCGUACCAACUCGGUCUUCAGAACGGGUGGAUGCCCACAGAUCCUCGCACGGCAUCUGGAACCUGCGCAAAUCAAGGCAUAUGGAGUCCUCCUCUUCAACCAUGGCAAACAGGCGGUUCGGGUGCAGGGCAGAUUGCUGCGACCGUCACUGCAUCGUACGCUUGGCCGCCUGCUAAGAUCAGCAAUGGCGGUGCUAUCUCCUUGCUGCCUUCCUACACCCCCACGGGAACUGUGGCCACCCUUCCUCCUCCUACAUUCACAGUCACUGGUUCCUCUGCUGCCACUGCCAAUGCUGGCGAUGGCUGGCAGAAUCCUUCUGACACCGCAGGUGCGAUGGUUGGCAUUGCAACAUGCAGCUACCUUAAUCCAUGGGUCGGGAGCGCCUCGCCUCCUUCG